AUGCCCAAUGGCCAAAAGCAACUCAUCCCAAAUGCCGGGCAAGUGGCUUUUCUACAUGAUGUGUGGGAAUGUCUUCUUCCUACCCAACACCCCAAUGAGAGACUUCCAGAUGCCGAAUUCACAGCAAAAUAUCUCAAAAGUCUAUCUGAACCAUACAGAGGCACUUUGUAUGACCUUGAUGAAGAUGCUGAUUACAAAGACGACAAUGAUGAGGAACGGGGUUCAAAUGGAAUGUGCAUCCUACUCUCUGCUACAAACAUGCCAACUUCCGAUGAAUCCAAAUGUUACUGUGAUGGAGAUGUUGGCUCUUUAUACAAUUCCAAUGAUGAAGAUGUCUCUCAAGGCCCUGCUGAUGAUGCUGAUAUGGAUGCGUAG